AUGGGUGGAGCCACUCCUGAUGGAAAAACACCAAAUUACCCAUUUUUAUUUCUUGAUAUUUCUAUUCCUUUUGAUACUAAACAAUUAAAAUGGCAUGAUUUGUCAAAUUUGUCAAAAAAUGAUAUUGUUCCAUCACAUAAAUCUGCUGCAGCUAUUAAAGGUGGAGCAGAUAAUAACACAUUAUUUUUAUAUGGUGGUAUGAAUUUAGAAAAUAAUACAAUGUCUCUAGUUUGCACAUUAAACAAUUUAUCAUGGGAUACUCCUAAAAUAAAUGGUACACCACCAAAUGGAAAAUUAUUUAUGACCCCUGUAAUUGAUUAUAAUGGAAGUUCAAGUCAAUCAUAUGUAUUAAGUUGA